AUGCAGCCACAGUCACAGCCACAACCACACAUCAUCACCAUCAUGAUGAUCACCACAGCAGCAGCAGCAGCACCACCGCCCACCAUGCACCAAGCUGGCGGCGUCUCUGGACGCCUCUCACUCCAAAGCUACGGCUUCCUAGUAAUCUUCAACUCACUCACAUUGUUUAUCACCUUGGUGCCGCAGCUUGCAGAGUACUCGCACAAUAACGGUGUAUCUGUGGAUUUGCCUUGGGGGCUCGGGGCGCUACCAGGUUUGCUGCAAUUUACCAAUGGGCUUGUGGUAGUUUACCGCGCGGUGCAGGCAUUGAGGGAGGGAGUGGAGCAUUUGGUCAUGAGAAAUGCUCACGGUGUCAGUGCGGGUGGUGCGGGUGGUGGAAUGGGCGUGCCUUGUGUGGUUAUGGCGACAAUGUGUGUAGCGGUGUACUCGGCGCUGGGGCAUCGGAGGCAGCCGUAUGUGGGCCUGUUGGUUGCUGGCACUUGGAUGCUGGGCUCAGCGAUUCUGGCUGGGGAGAGGGGCGAGUUGGUGGAGCCCCUGGGGUGUAUUUUGAUGGCUGUGGUGAUGGCGCUCGUGGGCAUACCAACGUGUGUGCAGGAAGGCAGGAUUCUGCUUUUGGCCUCAUCUUCCUCCUCAUCUGAUGUUGCUGCUGCUGGAGACAGGACAGAGGCAGAGAGGGUGGGGGCGGUUGCCCGCGUACCUGGUGUCGUUGGAUUUGAAGGGCGAACGUGGGUAGUUGCUAGGGAGACCUACACUGCGGUGCGCGUGGAGGUCGAGAAUAACAGCUUGGUUGCAGAUGUACUUGAGAAGACUGCGGAUGUGAUAAAGUUUACGUUCUACGUGUUUAUGCCAAUGGGCUUCAUGGUGUAUUUUGGUGGACCUGGGUUCUACGAGCGCUAUGUCGCCGACGAAACCUACAAAUUCAACGCACCGCCAAAAGUCAAGGUCCCCACUGAGCCUAAAGAUGUAAUGGCAGCUCUCGAGCAGCUCCGCCAAGCCCGUGAGGAUCGCAAGGCUAUCCGUGAUAAGUACAUGAGUGAAAUGGAAGAUGCACAGAAAAUACCUGGUAUUGCCCAAUCCUCCUCUUCUUCGUCAUAA